GCUCCUGCAUUCAAGUAGUGAACAGCUUCUUGCAACAUGGCGAAUAUUGUGCAGAUUAUUACUAAAUUCAAAGGUGUGCAUCUACUUCAAAGUCGAUUUUCGGUAGUAGCGAAAACAGUUAAUCCGGUUCUGUAUUUCAUGAGCGGUGCAGCAAGAACAACGGAGUCAAUACCGGCAACCAAGAAGGAAAAAGUUAACAAAGCCAUGAAAGCAUACCUGGAGCGUACCAAAGCACAUGACGAAUUCAUGAAGAUUCAAAACUUGGAAUUCAAGUUAGGCAAGCGUCACUUGGCGAAUAUGAUGGGAGAAAAUCCGGAAACAUUCACUCAAGCUGAUAUUGAUAGAGCUAUACAAUAUAUUUUCCCAUCGGGGUUAUACGAUAAAAAAGCACGACCCAUGAUGAAACCACCAGAAGAAGUAAUUCCGCAGCGAAAAGCAGCAGAAUUCGAUGAAACCGGCAGACCAUUCCACAGUAUAUUUUACACGGGAAAACCGAAUUACUACAAAUUACUUCACGAUGUAGUCGGCAAUAUCAACAAUCUUAAUGCUUUUGAGGACCGCAUGAUAAAAAAACAACUCAUCCCGGACCCUACACAACAAAUUGAUACAUCUGGUUCAGAAUGGCUGUCAAAGGAUGCCCUUGAAAAAGUUUUGCUCGAAGAUGUUUCUGAUACUGAGUAUGAUAACUUUGUAAGCGUAUUGACGCGAUUAAUUCUGCAUCCAUACUCGUACAGGGAGAAAACGUUCAUUGAUCGCUACCGAAAACCGUUACUGAUGAAAACGGAUGCCGACCAAAUACCAAAACCACAGUUUGAUACAAAUGGAAAACAAAGCAUCACAGUUUAUGAAUGUCUAAGAAAGUCAGUGCGAGGAGAUGUAACUAUUGUAGCACCUGGAACAGGCAAAAUAACAAUCAACGGGCAAGAUAUAACGUACUUCCGAGAGAUACAACCCAGGGAACAGGUACUGUUUCCCUUCAUUUUCUGCAAUAUGGUCAGUAAAGUAGACGUAGUAGCAAAUGUAGAAGGUGGAGGUUUUUCGGGUCAAGCUGGGGCAAUUCGAUGGGGCAUUUCAAUGGGCCUGCGUAGUUUCGUCGAUGCUGAUACAGUUGAUAAAAUGAGAAUGGCUGGUCUUUUGCAACGCGAUUAUCGUCAAAGGGAACGUAAGAAGCCUGGUCAGGCAGGAGCCAGAAGGAAGUACACAUGGAAGAAACGUUAAAUGCAGUUUGUUCAGUGUGAAGCAAAUAUUAAAAGAAUAUAAUAAUUG